UAAAAGUCCAGUCUAAGCAGGUUCCUAAUCUUGUGACACAUUUUUUGGGUGGCCAUAGUUUUCCAUACUGGAAUACAGAAACUCUGGAGCAUACUUCAUGAGACGAUGCAAGACAAUUCAAAUGCUGUUCCUCUGUUUGAUGAUGAGGAUGCGAGUAAGUCAUCAGCGGCCCACGUCGAGAAAGCUGCUGGAACAAAUGCUGCCCGCUGACACCUUUGACGUCAUCCGUAGAAUACCUCGCUCCGAUGAACCCGGUCCGGAUGCCAAAGGCGAUCUGAAGCUGUUGCAUGCUCCCUGCGAGUUUGACUUGAUAAGAUACACAUCGAUUAACUACUUUCCCAGUUAUUGCCUCCCCGUCUACACAAAUCGGCACGUGAACGAGGACUGGUAUCGACUUUAUAGGACCUACGACACCGAGGGCUAUGUAUUCGGGCAGUUUUACGAGCGUCUUCAGCGGUACGAGUUGGACUGAAUAAAUGCCCUUUUUUCAGAAAGAAUACGAUC